GCUGCAACAGUAUGUGUAAGAUCAAUGCUGCACUUUAAAACAUCAAGCAAGGAAAAGGAUCUUUCUGUAUGCGCCUUAGGACAUUAGGACAACUUGAGUAAGCCACGCAACCUGAAACAUGGCAGGGACAUCAACAAAUAUGCAAGCUCUGCAUGAGUCAUUCAAAAGUUUUGCAAUGCAUGGGGAUACCAAGGCAACUGGGAGUGAAAUGAAUGGGAAAAACUGGUCCAAAAUCUGCAAAGAAUGCCACGUUAUUGAUGGCAAAACAGUCACCUCAACUGACGUGGACAUCCUAUUUUCAAAAGUAAAAGCCAAAUCAGCUCGGGUAAUCACCUUCGAAGAAUUUAAGGCAGCUCUGGCCGAACUGGCUCCAAAACGGUUUAAAGGCCAAAGUCGCGAACAGGCAAUUCAGUCAAUUUAUGGUCUGAUUGCUGGAAAAGACCCAACUAACCUUGGAGUUACAGUUGCAACUAAAGCAGGAGGUGUUGAUAGACUGACAGAUACCUCUAAGUACACGGGCUCCCACAAGGAACGUUUUGACGAAAGUGGAAAAGGCAAAGGGAUAAGCGGCAGGGAGUACAUAGCAGAAAACACAGGUUAUGUUGGGAAUUACAAGGGAGCUGGAACAUACGAUGAGAAAGUAAAAAAAUAGCAGGAAUCAGGAUGGUUCCGCUGAAGGACACAACAGCAUCCAUGCGCCCAUCAUCGUUCCUUGUUCAGUUGCUUAAGGUCCUCUGGUGUUUACAUUAAAAAAUCAAAUUACAUCUCUAUUUUUACUUUGAACUAUC